CAAUGAAUUUCAAUUUACCUAGGUGCUCAGCCGCAAAAGGAGCUCCCCCACUCCCCGCACGCAUACAUUGUACAUGGCCAUAGCCCUAUGGCUAUAGCUUCCUUAGCUGAGUGACGUCGUUCCGAUCCUCCCCAUUUCCCAUUAAAAUCAUCUCCUUCUCUCUUUCCAAAAUCUUCAGAACCCUUUUGCCUCGGAGUCUCAGGUGCUUUAAGCUGCAGUGCACGGGGGUGAUUGACUACCAUGCAUAUCUAUUGCUGUCCCUUGGGUUCACGUAGAACUGGAUUUUGGAAUUGUUGUAGAGAAAGGAAGUUGUUUUUUAACGCUCUUGUGUAACCUGGGGCAACCCAAGAGUUACUAUAUAUACAGAUUGAUCCGUUUGCUAGAUUGCUACAUUCUUCAUACCAUGCCAGUUAUUCAGAAGUUAUAUGAUGCCUGCAAGGCGUCCUUCUCUACUGAUGGUCCGAUACCAGAAGAAGCUCUUGGAAAAGUUCGUUCUACUUUAGGUAAGAAGGAGGAUAAAGGAAGCUUUAUUCGUAUUUGUCUUGUUUUGCUCAUGAACAUGGCUUACUUGCACUUGGUCCGAGACAUUUUAGUUUCGAAUACUUCCUUUGUGUUAACACCAUCUUAUAAUGCUAUUCCAGAUGAAUUGAAGCCUUCUAAUGUGGGUCUCGAACAGGAGGCACAAUUGGCGCGACAAUGGAAAGUUCCAGUAAAUGGUAGUAAUGGCAAAAAAGGGCGUAAUGGCAGUCAUCAGUACCCACCUCCAAUUAAAUAUUUGCACUUGCAUGAAUGUGACAAAUUUUCUAUAGGAAUUUUCUGCAUGCCACCUGGCUCUAUCAUACCACUUCAUAAUCAUCCUGGAAUGACUGUGUUGAGCAAGCUUCUUUACGGUUCAUUACAUGUGAGAUCAUAUGAUUGGCUUGAUGUACCCGGGUCUGCUGAUCUAUCUCAAGCCAGACCCGCAAAACUUGUUAGAGAUUGUCAGAUGAGUGCACCCUGUGCCACAACCACCCUUUAUCCAAACAGUGGUGGCAAUAUUCACUGUUUCAAGGCCUUGACUCCCUGUGCUCUCUUUGACAUUCUUGCACCCCCAUACAACUCAGAAAAUGGUCGACAUUGCUCGUAUUUCCGGAAAUCCCCUAGGAGAGAUCUACCAGAUAUUGAUCAAUUAUGUGGGAUGCAAGCAUCUGAAGUGGCUUGGUUGGAAGAAAUUCAACCUCCAGAAAACUUAGUUGUCUGCAGGGGGCAUUACAGGGGCCCCAUUAUUAGACAUUGAGAGGGUUUUUGGACAAAAGGGAUGAGGAGGCAGUGAGGUGAUUGCUGGAGUGAUGGGGUGCCAACUGCCGCCGCAGUAAUGCUGGAGCCUGGAAUGUUGGCAAUAAAUACCGCCAUUCCUAUUGUGAGGCAUUUGAUUGUACAUAUCUCUUACAAUAGUUUGGCGGUGAAUGCCCACCAAAAAUCCUGUACUCUUAACAUACCCAUGAUUGUUUCUUUAUUGUAAUAAGCAGCUUUCAGAUAUAUUUUACUUCCACUUGGAUCUUCUUGACCUCCUUUACCAGUUAUCAGAUAUUUUUUUUUAUUUUUUUAUACAAUGAUGUGAGAUAGUGGAAUUAA